AUGUCGAUGCCAAACCCCAACACCACCACCCGCAGGGUGUUCACCCAGUUCCUGGUCGAGAAGGAAUGCCCCGACAACGCGGACCCCUACUACAAAAAGACGCACGACGAUCUGAGGCGCCUGCUGGACCUGCUCGCCAAGCACGAGGGCAUGAGCGCCAACAUGGAGCAGACAUUUAUGACGCCCGCGGCCGACAAGAACAAGGUGUAUUUCAUGUGGGAUUUCGUCGGCAGGACCCUGGGCAUGAUGGCUGCCGUCCCACCGACGACCCCCAAGGCGAGCCUGGCCAGCAGCGCCAUGUUCAAGGACAUCAUUGGUCGGACCGUGAUGGCGGAGGUCCUGAUCCGCGACACGACGGGAAAGCUGGACGACACCAACGAGCCCGCGCACAGGGGGAGCUACAGGCGCAACGUCGAGUUCGGGCCCGAAAUCAUUCAGGCUCUCGACGAGGCCAAGGUUGCAGAGAAGUGA